GUGAUAAGGCGCUAGCAUUAGUUAUCAUUAUUAAGACUUUAAUGAUUUGCCAUGAAAUAGUGGAUCUUAGAUGUUUCUCUGUGUGAAGGAAGCUGCCCGUUUAUGAAGUGAGACCCUCUCCUCCCUAUUUCCUGUCUAUUUGCCUUCUGGCAAAGUGGAGGGUACAACAGGAACCUCAAAUGAACAGUCUUUAUCUUUAAGCAUCCUAUCCCCUUCUGAAUGAUUAUUUUGGAAGCAACACUGCCAGAGCAAGAUUUCUGAGCUACAACAUCUUUUCAUCACCUGAAACGAGGCUUGCACUGGACUUCUGCCAUGUCUAUGGACCACAGCCCGACCACAGGAGUGGUCACAGUGAUCGUCAUUCUGAUCGCCAUAGCAGCUCUGAGUGCCUUGAUCCUGGGCUGCUGGUGUUACCUCCGGCUGCAGCGCAUUGGUCAAUCUGAAGACGAAGAGAGUAUUGUGGGAGACGGCGAGACCAAAGAGCCUUUUCUUUUGGUACAGUACUCUGCAAAAGGGCCACGAGUUGAGCGGAAAACUAAACUGACAGCCAAUGGCACUGAGGGGCACAGCUAAAAAUCCCACCCCAAUCUGUGACUGCAAAAUGUUACUGUUUGAAUAAAUUAGGAUCUCUCAUUCAUCAUACUGUGAAGAUUUAACUCUGUCCAAGCUGCUUAGUUAAAGACAAUAGCAAGGUAGCGUGACUGGACACUGACAGAUAGAUAGCCUGUUAGUCCGCCACUGCAUGUGGAGGAAAAUCAGGCCCUCCAUUCAGCAUUUUCUGCAGAGUAUCUUACUUGAAUUCUAAUCCCAUUCAACUGAGCCGACAUUGAUGGAGCAACUACUGUAGAUCUCAUCCCUACUGAACCUGUGGAUCUCUGAAAAAUGAGUACAGACCAGAGUGCAAUCUCACACCAGUUUUCUGCAUGAUACAGGAGAGAAUGUGGCCAAAUGCAAAAUGAACUGUUGCCAAGGACACCUGAGAAGAGGCUAUGAACACUUCAGUUGAGCCAAAAAAAAUUUUGGGUGUGGGGGGAGAAGCAGAGAAACUUUACAAAACUAACUUGAUUGAGGUCAAAUAUCAGAAAUGUAAUUAAAAGAAGUCAGGACACUACAGGAGUUAACCUUUUGAAUUGUUCUGUGUCUUUGGGUGUAUCAUUCUUACAUGUGCACCCUGAACUUUCCUCAAAUGGAUUUGGGGAAAUGGAACAGGUGGACGGGAUACAGAGUCUGAUUUCUACAGGGUCAGGAACGGAAGCAGAAUUGUUAUGCAUUUUGUUGACUGCUGAGGAGAGGAUGUGCUGAAAUGAUUCGUUAUUGCUAGGAUGCUACCAAAGCACUUUUUUCUAAACUGAUUCCAGUCAGAACCUAUGAUGGGGAAUAUUGUAAACACUACAAAUGAUCCGGAAGGUUUCCAGUGGAGUCAAUACGGUGGCUGAGCAGUUUGUUUUAUUGGAAGCGUGUAUUAAAGGGGGGUGGGAAGGGGAGAAACAGUACUAAAUUGUCUCUGCUUAAAAAUUAUAGAUUGUGGUACUCAUUAUGGCCAGACUUUCCCAUUAAUUCAUUUAGUUUACAUAAGUUAAAUUGUACCUGCAAUGUAACCUGUAUCACAUUAGUGCAAUAUCUAUGUGUAAACAAAUAAAGAAUUUCUCCUUUUU